AUGGAGGGAGAAACAUCAUGGUUUAGCCAUUCCCUUGAUGACAUGGCAAGAGAGAUUGGGGAGUUUGAUUCUUUCUCAGAGCUCAGUGACGAAGGGAAUAAAGAAGCUACUGCAGUUUUGGUGGAUUUGAUUCUUCCUGAUGACCUGUUGGAACGGAUAUUAGCCUAUCUACCAGUUGCAAGCAUUUUCAGGGCACGUUGUGUGUGCAAAAGGUGGUAUGAGAUUGUUAGUUCAAAAAGGUUUCUAUGGAACUUUUCACGUGUGCUAUCACAAAAACCUUGGUAUUUUAUGUUUACCAGCUCUAAUGAACCAACUGGUUAUGCAUAUGAUCCUAUCCUUAGAAAGUGGUAUGGCAUUGAACUCCCCUGCAUUGAGACAUCUAAUUGGUUUAUUGCUUCAUCAUGUGGUUUGGUUUGCUUUAUGGACAAUGAUAGUAGAACUGAGUUAUAUGUCUGCAACCCUAUUACCAAAUCACACAUGAAGCUUCAGGACCCUGGCUUGAGAUUUUCUGAUUACAGUGCACUUGCAGUUUCUGUUAACAGGAAGUCACAUGGUUAUACUAUCUCAAUUGUGAAAUCUAAGCAAGUUACUGGGAAUUUUUUCCAAUGGGAUGUCUCCGUUCAUAUUUAUGAUUCAGAAACAAUGAUGUGGGUGACCUCUUUGACAGAGGUUCUGACAGGAUGGAGAGGUGGGGAUGAGAGUGUUAUCUGUGAUGGGGUUUUGUACUUCUUAAUUUACUCAACUGGGGGCGGGUCACCAGAAAAUCGUCAUGGUCUAAUCACAUAUAAUCUCUCUUCUUGUUCUCCUCAUGGGUUGAUAAGGAGUUUUAUUCCUGUACCUUGCCCUCUUACAUGUGGCCGUCUGAUGAACCUGAAGGAGAAGCUGGUUAUGGUGGGAGGGAUUGGUAAACAGGAUCGGCCUGACAUAAUUAAGGGGAUUGGUAUCUGGGUUCUAAAUGGGAAGGCCUGGCAAGAGAUUGCGAGAAUGCCGCAUAAGUUUUUCCAAGGAUUUGGGGAGUUUGAUGAUGUUUUCGCCAGUAGCGGCACAGAUGAUCUUAUAUACAUCCAGAGCUAUGGAGCUCCAGCUCUUCUUGUCUUUGACAUGAGCCAGAGACAUUGGAGAUGGUCACAGAAGUGCCCGGUAACAAAGAGGUUUCCACUUCAGCUCUUUACUGGUUUUUGUUUUGAACCGAGGCUUGAAAUUUCUCCCUGA